GGAGCGUGACCACCUCCGUAAAUUGGGUGACCCAGUCCGCCCGAGGCCUCCUGCUCCUCCUCCUCUCAUGGCUCUCUCGGACCUGUGGCCCCGCCCCCUGGCCACGCCUCCUGCGUCACGUGUCCACGGGCCCUGACAUCCGGGGCCCUGACAUCCGGGGCCCUGACAUCCACAUCCGGGCCUCGCCUGAGCCAACACGUGCGCAGCCUGGGCCCUUCUUCCCGCCACUUCUCCGUCGACUGCCUGCAGAGGGGUCAAAGGGUGUGCUUGGACGUGGGAAACACAACGCGAGAACGAGAUGGACGUCAGCUGCCACCACAACGAGACGAUCGCAUUCUUCUACCGCAACAGCAACAAGCCGCUCUACGACGAGUGGUCCUUCACCAGCACGCUGGUCAUGGUGCUCGGCCUGACCUUGUGCCUCGGCAUCAUUCUGGCCAACGCCCUCGUCAUGUUCGCCGUGUACAUCAACAAGACACUCCACCACCCCGUCUAGAAUAGGCCCCGCCCCCUGGCCACGCCUCCUGCGUCACGUGUCCACGGGCCCUGACAUCCGGGGCCCUGACAUCCGGGGCCCUGACAUCCACAUCCGGGCCUCGCCUGAGCCAACACGUGCGCAGCCUGGGCCCUUCUUCCCGCCACUUCUCCGUCGACUGCCUGCAGAGGGGUCAAAGGGUGUGCUUGGACGUGGGAAACACAACGCGAGAACGAGAUGGACGUCAGCUGCCACCACAACGAGACGAUCGCAUUCUUCUACCGCAACAGCAACAAGCCGCUCUACGACGAGUGGUCCUUCACCAGCACGCUGGUCAUGGUGCUCGGCCUGACCUUGUGCCUCGGCAUCAUUCUGGCCAACGCCCUCGUCAUGUUCGCCGUGUACAUCAACAAGACACUCCACCACCCCGUCUACUUUCUCAUGGCCAACCUGGCCGCGGCGGAUUUCUUUGCCGGAGUGGCGUACAUCUACCUGGUUGUCAACACGGGGCCCAACACUCGCAAGCUGUCGCUGGAGACCUGGAUGCUGCGCCAGGGGCUGAUCAACACGAGCCUCACCGCCUCCGUCGCCAGCCUCCUGGUCAUCGCCAUCGAGCGCCACGUCGCGCUGUUCCGGAUGCAGCGGAUGAGCGAGCGGCGCGUCGUGACGGUCGUCGCGAUCAUCUGGCUCGUGGCCAUCAUCGCCGGCGCCAUGCCCACCAUGGGCUGGAACUGCGUCUGCGACGUCGGCACGUGCUCCACCAUGGCGCCGCUGUACAGCGCCAGCUACGUCGCCUUCUGGGCCGGCUACAACCUCUCCAUGUUCCUCAUCAUGGCGGGGCUCUACGGCCACAUCUUCGUGAACAUGUGGAGGGACAGGAUACCCGUGCUGCAGAAUAGCUCCAGGUGCUCCCGGAGGCAAGACGCCCCCGUGAGCUUGCUCGUAACGGUCACCAUCAUGUUGGGAGCCUUUAUUGUGUGCUGGACGCCGGGCCUGGUGAUUCUGCUGCUGGAUUCCUUCUGCUCGGACUGCAACGUCCUGGCCUUCGAGAAGUACUUCUUGCUCAUAGCGGAGCUCAACUCCGCCAUGAACCCCAUCAUCUACUCGUUUCGGGACACGGAGAUGAUCGCCACUUUCAAGCGCAUCCUGAGCUGCCGAAAGGCGGGAUGCGUCGCAGCGAGCGGCUCCGAAAAAUCAAUUUCCACGUCGAAUCCCAACCUGGUUACGGAGAUCGGUCACGUGACCACCGCGAGUGCGAUGAAGAUGAAUCAGAUUGUCAUCUAAUAUCUAAUUGGGCUAACCAUGCAUGUUUUGAUAAUUGUUCUUUUACCCUUCUAUCUGGCAACAAA